AUGCAUUUCGGGCAGCUGUUAGUCGUCUUAAUAACAUGUACAGGGCUGGGGCUCGCUUUGCCUACCUCUGACCAGCGAGUCUUGCAGCGCUUCCCUUCCCUGGAGCAGGCCGCGCCCAGGGAAUUGGAAAUCGGAGAAUUGAAUUUCCUACAUACGACAGAUACACAUGGUUGGCUCGGCUCCCAUCUGAAUCAACCUAAUUAUGACGCUGAUUGGGGCGACUUUGUCUCGUUUGUUGAGAUUUUUAGACAUAAUCGAAUCGGCGCCUCUCGCGACCUUAUUUUGGUUGACACGGGUGAUAAACACGAUGGAAACGGACUCAGCGACGCUACUGUCCCCAAUGGGCGGAUAUCCACGGAAAUCUUCAAUAAGCAGGACUACGACCUGCUUACGUUGGGUAAUCACGAACUUUACACCGAAGAAAAUACGAUAUUGGAAUACCACAGGACGGCACAGUCGCCGAAGUUUAAGGAGGCUUAUGUUUCUAGCAACGUCGAAUUUGUCACGGAUGAUGGGGACAUUGUCCCCUUCGGCUCUAAAUAUCGUUAUUUUGAGACAACUAAUCGAAAGAUCCGAGUCUUGUCUUUUGCAUUCAUGUUCAACUUCCAGCGGGCCAAUGCGCGGGCUAAAGUGACACCCGCUGUGGCCAUCUUCGAAGAAGAUUGGUUUCAAAACGUGGUACGUCAAUUUCCUGCUGAAAAGGUAGAUGUGGUGGUCGUAUUUGGUCACCUACCUAUAACGGACCCCGAGGACCGCGAGAUCAAUCAAGUGCAUACCAAAUUGAGAGAAAUCUAUCCACAAACGGUGAUCCAAUAUUUUGGCGGACAUUCACAUAUCAGGGACUUUGCUGUCUUUGACGAUAGGGCGACAGGGAUACAAAGUGGGCGGUUUGCGGAAACCGUGGGAUUUGUUUCUAUUGAUCAAGUCGGAGACGGCACACCAAACUUCAGCAGACGCUACGUUGAUUUCAGUAAGAAUUCAUUUUCACAGCAUGCCAAAGCUCCACUAUACACCACGCGUGGGUCAGAAUUGUCAAAUCAUAUUCAAAGCAUUCGGCAAAAUUUGGAGCUGAAUCAAGUUGUGGGAUAUGUUCCGUCGUCAUAUUAUAUGUAUUCAAAGCCCACCACAUCAAAACACAACAUCUACAAUUUGUUAACAUCGCAAGUAUUACCAAGAUUAAGAUCCGACGAGACGGACGAGUCGAAGUCGCGGUUCAUCAUCAUCAACACUGGUUCUAUUCGUUAUGACCUUUAUAAGGGUAACUUUACCAAGGACACUGAAUACAUAGUGUCGCCCUUCCCGAAUGACUGGAACUACAUUGAAGUGCCACUUUCGCUGGCCGAAAACGUGGCAGAUUAUUUGAAUGAUGGUCCGGUUUUGUACUCUUCAAUGGCUCCUCCAAAAAUCAGUAAUAUGGUCAAAGGUCCUGCUUCGUGUCCGUUCAUACAUGAUCCCGAUUUGAGAAAGGGAUAUACUACCAGCGACGAUUUCGGUUGUGACGGGGAUGAUAUGCUACACAACACGGAACUAUACUUUGAGGUCCCCAAUGUAGUCCAAACCGUUGAACUGAAGCAAAUAAAAAGCGAGACCGCCGUCCAUUUGAUAUUUUACAGCUUUAUCGAAAGUGACAUACUUCAUGCCCUGAAUGAACUCAGCAAGAGCCAGGUAGGAGAGACGAAGCUAUUCACUGAGAAUGACUGUAAAAAAUACGGCGGUGCUUCUACAAAGCAAUUGCUGAAAGAAUACAUACAGGAGCUGUCAUUACAUACAUAG